AUGUUGGAUUAAUAUGAGGAUGCAAUCACUUUGUUGGACAAAGCAUUAAUAUUGAUCCUAAGCAUGUUGAUUCCUUAUCUAAUCAAGGUAGAUAAAUCAUAAUAUCAAUAGGAGACUGUUUAAGAUCAUUAAAGAAAUAUGAUGAAUCCUUAAAAUUAUUAGAUUUAGCCCUCUCCAUUAAUUAAUAGGAUACGUUUUCUCUUUAAUGUAAAGGUAUUUAUUAUUGGAUAUUAAGGGAAUUGCUUACAAGAUUAAUAAAAAUAUAAAGAAGCUCUGA